ACUCAGCGUGCUGCGGGGACAUAAAUCGACUGUACUGUAGGAGGGACAACGUGACGUAAUCGAGACUUUCAUUGGCCUAUGUCGCUGUCAAUCAAAUAUGCCUUCGUACUUCCGGUAUAUAUUGCGGGAAAAUUAAUCUAGCGAGAAUCAUAUUUGGUUGGAGUACACUACAAAAUAGAUUAUUUCUCAUUACAUUUAUAGUUAGCGCAUAUAUUAGAACCAAAUGUCGAGAACAUUAGAAGAGGUGCAGGCUACCAUACAUAUCGCCAAACUAAAAGAGAAUGAUUUGCAGAACACAAUUCACUGUUUAACUUUUGGAGAAAGCGUCUCGUCCGGAGACUACUGCCUGAUGGAACUGGAUGACACGCUCUGUAAACACAUAGAAGCAGGAAAGAGCCUGGUUAUCAGAGGAGACCUGGAUGAGAGGGCUGUCCUGUGCAGUGAAGACAAGACGUAUGACCUGAAGAUAGCCGACACCUCCAACCUGCUGCUGUUAGUGCCUGGCUGCCUGACUCCAGAUCAGCUGACUACUGACAACCAGGCCAGUUCUCAGCUGGUCCAUGCACAGAUUUGGGGUUUUUCUAACAGUUACUGGGAGUUGAGGAAGCGCCAUCCCAAACUAAAGAAGCUGAAGAAACUUCUGAUGGAGAAUCCGUACGAGGGGCCAGGUGUCAGUGGGCAGGAGGAUGUCCCGGAGGGGAAGUACACUAUGGGAGACCUGCUUGAACGAAUCCAAGCAAGUGAGGAGGAACUGGAGGCCCAGCUACAGACUAUUCAUGCCUGUGAGGUCAACGGCUACUGGAGGCUGUUGGAUUUUGACUAUGAGAUGAGGCUACUGGGUCACAUCACUCAGCUGGUGGACUCUGAGUCCUGGACCUUCAGUAAAGUCCCUCUUCGUGUCAGUCUGGAGGAGUUAGGACGUCUGGAGCCUCAGGAGAUGAUAGAGCACAGCUUGAACUGUUAUGGAAGGCGCUACACGGACAACGAUGAGGUGUUCUUUGCGCUGAACGAGGACAAGGUGUGCAGAGCCACAGCUCAGAUGCUGCUGCAGAACGCAGUGAAGUUCAACCUGGCAGAGUUUCAGGAGGUGUGGCAGCAAAGUGUCCCAGAGGGCAUGGGCACUAGACUGGACCAGCUGAAGAGUCUAGCCCUUGUGGACCACAGCUCCAAACCAGAGACCAUAUUUCUGCUGAGAGUGGAAGAUCUUCCCGAGGACACACUGGAGAGAUUCACCCAUCUCUUCACCAUGAGAGAGAAGUGGACCGAGGAGGACAUCACCCCUUACAUACAGGACUUGUGUGGAGAAAAGCAAACGACUGGAGCUCUUCUGACCAAAUACGCUCGUUUGUCCACGCAAAACGGAAUAAAAGUCUUCAAUUCAAGAAGGCCAGUGGCAACAUGAAGACGAUUGGAUAUCUUAAUUGACCAGCAAAGUUGUUUGGAAUCAGUGUAUUGUUGUAUUUGUUAAAAUGUUGUAAUAAAAUUUUUUUUUUUUGUGUAAUUAUUACCUACUUUGUGUUUUUCCUCCCACCUAUACUGUAUAUCUUCUGCUUUAUUCAUAAUACCACAGUCACAGUUUGAUAAUUUUGUGACCUCCAGAGGCAGAAGGGCAGUGACAAGAAGGCUUUCAAAUAAAAUUU